CAAAGAGAUCUUCAAUUUCACUAUGUUUAGAGAGAGAACCUUCCCCUCAAAAUCACUUUAUUAUGGAAAGAUCAAACUCUUUCAUUAUGGAAAUUGAGAGCCUUGUACCAAAUCCCAAAAUUUAUGUAUUAAACCCCACAUUUAAUCAAUACUUAUAAAACCCUCACGGUAACUGGUUGAAGGUCAAGGGAAAUAGAAAGGAGAAAUCGGCUUAAGUACGGUGAGUUCCAGAAUUACUCCGUGAGCCUUUCUCCCCAAAUUUCAAUUAACAAUCCCUAAAAUCAAACCCUGAUCUUUUCUAUUUCGUAUUUGGAUAAAGAACAACACAAAGAAACGCGGCAAAUUAGAUUUUUGGUCUCGCAAUUGUGCCCUAAUUCAAUUUAAAGCUCCCUAGCUUCCAAUUUUUUGCUUCCAUUCAGUGGAUCAGGCUUGGGCUUCAUUGCAAUUUGGUUUGUUCUUUUAGUGGUGAUACAAAUUUUAAAUUUGUUCUUUUUUUUUUCUUUUGUUAAUCGAUCUUUCGAAUUAGUCAACAGCAUUAGUUGCUUGCCUUCAGAUUUAUCAACCGUUCUUUUUAAAGUUAUUUGUUUCUGUUUUUUCUGCUGGAUACAUGUUACCUCUUUCUCUUCAAUGUUAUGUGCUUGUUUACUGAGAAAACGCAGGAAAAAAAAGGAGAUGAUAUUAGGGCAUUGAUCGUUUUGGUUGUCGUUAACCUUUUAAUUGUUUGUAAAUGCGAAUGGGGGAAAAUUGUGAUUGCGGCUUAAGCAAUCAGUAUAUAUAUCCUAAGGGUUUUUCUUUUUCUUUUCAUUUUUGAAUGCGAAGUUACGCUUUAUUACAUGUUAAUAUUCUUUGUAAUCUUUUUGCUGAAAAUAGUAUAGGGUUAGAUAAAUUGCGUUCUUUUGGAUGAGUAUUACGAUAUAGUGACGGAUAGGUGCAUGCUUCCAUAUCGUGAUUGAAUUAUGUAUUCUAUUUGUAAAAUGGUUUGAGGGGCUUUCAAAAGCUUGUUGCUGGAUAUAGAGUAAUGGGAAGCGGCGAUAUGGAUAAAGCUGCGAAAGAAAAGGACCCUAAGGCACCGCCAGCUGCACAUGAGGCGUCAACUGCUAACACGAGUACAGUAAAUGCAGACUGGUCUAGGUUUCAGGCUUAUUCUCCCAUUCCUCCACAUGGUUUCUUGGCAUCAAGUCCCCAAGCUCCCCCAUAUAUGUGGGGCGUUCAGCAUAUUAUGCCUCCCUAUGGUAACCCACCACAUCCUUAUGUUGCAAUGUAUCCUCAUGGUGGAAUAUAUGCACAUCCAUCCCUUCCUCUAGGAUCUUAUCCUUUUAGUCCUUUUGCUAUGCCUUCUCCAAAUGGUAUUGAUGAGGCUUCUGGAAAUACUCCUGGAAGCAUGGAAAUGGAUGGUAAGCCUCCUGAAGUGAAGGAAAAGUUGCCUAUCAAAAGAUCAAAAGGGAGUUUAGGCUGUUUGAACAUGAUUACCGGAAAGAACAGUAAUAUUGGUAAAACAUCAGGGGCUUCUGGUAAUGGAAUUUCUAAAAGCAGUGGAAGUGAAGGUACAAGCGAAGAUAGUGAUGCAGACUCUCAGAAUCAAUCGCAAUUGAAGUCUGGAAGUGGAAAAGAUUCUGAAGAAGGUGAAGCAUCUCAGAAUGGAGGUCCUAAUUCAGGCUAUUCAAUAGUGAAUACAGCAACGGCCAUUGUACCUAUAGCAAAUACUGGGGCAGCAACAACUGUUCCUGGUCCAACAACUAACUUACAUAUUGGGAUGGACUAUUGGGGGACGCCAGCUUCAUCUAAAGUUCCUGGAAUGCAUACGCAGGUUUCUUCGACACCAGUUGCAGGCGAAAUUUUAACCCCUUCAUCGCGGGACAGUGUUCAGUCUCGGCUUUGGUUACAGGAUGAGAGGGAGCUUAAAAGACACAGAAGGAAGCAAUCAAACAGAGAGUCUGCUCGGCGGUCAAGGUUGCGUAAGCAGGCGGGAUGUGAUGAGCUGGCUCAACGUGCUGAAGCCUUAAAGGAAGAGAAUGCCCACCUUAGAUCAGAAGUUGGGCGUCUCAAAAGCGAGUAUGAGCAGCUUCAUGCACAAAAUACAUCUGUCAAGGAGAGGCUAGGUGAAGUUCCCGAGCGCGAGGAUGAUCUAAAGUCCAGUAGGAAUUACCAACAUGAUGAACAAACGGAGACUGUGCAGGGUAGUCAUUAGGUUUCAUACACCCUGUUUCUUGCCUUCUCCAGGGGCCUAACCUAACCAAAU